UCAUUUCACAUAUCAAAGUGGAAAGGUGCAACUCGAAUUACUCCACUAUACCUCCUAUAUAAACUUCCAAUUUGCAAUACCCCGCGAUACACGACGGGAGAUACAUUUUAUUUAUUUAUUAUUAUUAUUGUAUAUCAGCAUCUUCCCACACUUGAUUGAUUCCGAGCGGCAUUGCAUUUUAUGCAAUUUUUAUUCGAUUGACUCUCUCACAGUGUGACGUAUUCAAAGCUAAAUUCCUUAAUAAAAAAAAUCCAGAAGGAUUUCUUACUAAAACAUUCACAAAAGUGUGAGAAGGGGUUUUAAGAAAAUUCCCAAAUUAUUAGCAUUUAACUAAAAGAAAAGUCAUCAGUUGGAUAAACACAAUAAAAUGCCCAUUCCACCAACAGCCACAUUGAAGAGUGACAGAGAUUCGAGAGAUAAAUUUGAGUGUUUUGUGUGAAGGGAGGACGAACACGAAAAAGUCCUCGGACAUUUCCUUGAGGUGUGGGUGGGGACCAAAAGUGAGUGAAAAAUUAGCCGUGUGUUUGUGCGGAAAAAUCCAUGAGAGACAAGAGGUUAAUUAAAAUGCAGCUGAAGGUGGCCCUCUUCUGGACUUUGUGCUGUGUUGCAAAAUUGAAUAGUGCUCAAGAAUCGGGCUUUGGGAGUGACACCACCUACGAUAACAUUGAGGACCCAUCGGGUGAACAGAGACGCUUUGUGGGAUACAAAACAACCAUUUAUCAUGAAAGUGCCACCUUUUCGAAUCCCACCGAACCCGAGACGGAUACCAUUGAAAAUGAAAGCACAAGUAUUGACACAAGUCAGCGAAUUGACACAACAAUCACCGAGAAUACGGACUUCCCCUCAUCAGAGACAAUUAUUCAGGAUGCAUUAAUUGUUUCGAAUGAAUUAACAUUGAGAAAUGACUCCACGUCAGCGGGUGAGGAUACUGGGGAUUUCCAGGAGAUAAAUGGGGAAGACAGUGAGGCUGCAACUGUAACCGCAGCAGUUCCUACAACCAUCAUGGUACCCACAACUCCAUCCACAACAACCACAACGACAACAGUUCACCCUUCAAUCAAGGCUCUCAAUCUAAAGCGGAAGCAGACGAAGCAGUACAGAGUGUACAAAUCCACGGGAGAUGGGAUUGUCAGAAGCUUCCUUGAUGAUCCAUACUUGAGAUCACCACUCGCAAUUCUCGUAGACACCGCCCCAGAACCACUGAGGAAGGCAAAACUCUUAUGGAAUGCUACCCUCCGGCCAGCAUCAUCGAUUGAUCUUGUUCUCGUUGCCUUCAAUGCAUCAGGAAUAAGCGUAACGUACAAUUUCAAAAAUACACGAACAAUGAUGGCCGGAAUGGAGAGCGUGAGAGAAUCCCAUACCCCAGGAUCGGAAGAGAAAGCCUUCAUUGGGAUCAUUCGUGCUUCUGAACUCAUCCCCUACGAUAGUGCAAUAUUCCUUACAGCAGAUCGUGUGCCACAGAAUUCGGAAUUCUCCCAAGAAGCUGCGAUUAUUUUGCUAAAGAAACGAAUUCGACUCUACCUAAUCUGGUUCGGAAAACACGGGCAAGAUGACAAUGAAAGUCCACACACGAUAACAGGUGGAAUCCUCGGAGAAGUUGCCCUGAGAACUGGUGGAGAGAUAAUUCACAUAACUGACGAAGCAGUUGAACCAAAUGGCAAUAUAGGAUUGGUCACCCUCUUGCUCCGGAAUGACCUCCAAGGGUCACAUCAUUUUACCCUUCCCAUAGAUGCGACAGCUGAGACAAAUCAUCAUGUAAAAAUACACGGGAAAGUGGACGAAGCCACACUGGAAACUCCCAAUCGUGCGCCCCGAAGUGCUCAGAUUCAAUUUGUGGAUGGAAAUGAUCGAAUAGAAUCAUUGGAGAAUGAUGUGGAGCUUUUGGAUGAUCAGGAAGAUGCUGAGAUUGAGACGACAGAAGUCAAAGAUACAAAAGUCUCCGAGAGGGUCAUUGAAUCCGUGCUCACGGUCAACAUUUCACCCCAAUCGCGUUUGAUGACUAGCCCAGGAACCACAGCAAUGAUCUACUUUGAAGUGACGAAUUUACGCUACACAACACUCUUCAUGAACUUCCAAGCAGUUGAUGAGCAUAGAUUCCUCCGCACAAUCAAUCCUCCUCAAGCUAAUCUUGGACCUGGUCAGACUCUGGUUGUUACUGUGGUCCUACAAAUCCCACCAACAGUCGAAGUAGGACUCAGGGAUAGAGUAACAUUUACUGCCAAUGGCAUUGUGAAUGUAGUUCAAUCAGUUUACGUAACAGUCUCAAGUGCCACCUCCACUCAGGAUUCAUCUGCUCCGUGGAUGUACUGGACCUAUGGGAGUCGCUGUGAGUGGCGAAGUUCUCCGGGAAAUUGUGCUGGACACGUGUGGUCUGUUGAGGUUUCAGCACAAGAUUGGGAGACGGGAGUUUUGAGGAUUCAAUCCCAACCACGAGGACUUUUGUACCGAAAUCAAUUCACUGCCGGCACCAGGGAUCCCGUCUUGGCAACCUACUCGGCAUCUUGCUGCCAGCCACGCGUUACGAUAACAGCUUUCGAUCUUGCCAAUAAUCAAAAAUCAAUCUCAUUGGAUGUCCGUGAUAUCUGGCUGAGUGAAGCCGCUAUCGCAGCUGUCGUUCUCGGUUGCAUCCUCCUGAUCAUCCUCAUUGUUCUCCUAAUCUUCCUCUGCCGUUGGUGUUAUCAGAGAAAACGUGCCUCUCGCGAUCUACCUGUCUAUCGUACCGAAAGGACACGAAUGGAACAACGCUAAUGAGGAUUCUAAUCUAUCUUCUUCAUCUUCUUUUGUAAACCAAAUCAUGCCAAUCAUGCCAUUUCUUAAGAAUUUUCUACUGCGGUGUAGGUUAAUAAAUUGUGGGUAAUAAAA